UGCGGCGCAUUUUUACUCUUUCGACAAUCGGUCACACAAUAAUUCCGACGUUGUUCGUGUGUGCGUGCGAGUGCGACAGCAGUACACGGCCUAGUGCAGCGCGACUUGCAGCAAAGGAGAAAAAUUAAAAGAAGUUGUAUAGUUUUUUACAAAGAAAGAAAAGUAUCUGUCGCAGCGAAAAUCAUAUAAAAAGAUAUAUCGCUUGUGUGUGUAGAAAACUAAAAAUGGCACAAAGCAAUGGCAUUGAAUAAAAGUGAAGUUUUUGCGGCUCAGGCAACAAAAUAAUUGAAACAACAACAUCUAACCAGCCAUACAAAAGGGAAAGAACAAGACGCUACCGCGGCCACUCCUUUUGUGCCCGUCGUUCGUUGUCUCGUUCCAGAAAAAUGUGUGUGUGUGUGCGUGCGUGCGUGUGAGUGAGUAUUUCGUGCUACGUCCGUGCGUGUGUGUAUGUUUGUGUGUGGUAAUUGAAAAAUUGUGAUUAGGAGUGCAUAAAUUAAAAAGUAGUAGAAUUAAUUGCAUUCAUUAGACAAGUGAGUAGGCAAUAAAAAGUGAAAAUUCUGCGCUGCGCACACGAAACAAUAACAAGAAAAAUGGCAAAUAUGAUGUUUUAUUGUGUCUGCAAAAGCUCAAGCGAAGUUAACUAAAGAGAGAGAUAAGCGAACGAACGUUAAACAUAGACACGCAUACACACAAAUACAUAUACACAGAGUGACACACACAUAUAAAGACAUACAGCAGCGGAGUACAGCGUGCGUGUGUGUUUAUGACUCACGGCUGGCCCUGUGAGCAGUUAGCAAGUGCAAGCAAGACAACAUAAGCGUGAGCAACGAGUGUGCAAACGAGAUACGAGAUACGUUGCUACCUACGCCAACAACAACGACAACAAAAUCGCUGCCGUUUCUGCUGCCGCGCUUCAAUAGAAUUUCCCAAAGCAGUUGUUGAGCGCGACUAAUCGCAUUUGAAGAAAAUUCCAACGUAGCAAGCAGAAGCAACAGACAGAGGACAAACCCGUAAAUAGAAAAGAGAAAAGGAAAAUAUCACGAUCAUGAGUUUCACGAAGUGGUUCAAGAAGAAGGAGCAAAUCUCCGAGAUCGGCGCACCAACAAACUUCCAAAGGCACUUCCAUGUCUCCCGCAACCAGGAGACGGGCGAUCUCGAAGGUCUGCCCACACCAUGGGUGCGUCUGAUGAAUACACAGAUCACCCGCGAUGAGCAGGACAAGAAUCCGGAUGCAGCGUAUCACGCGGUCAAAUACUACAAUUACUCAAUCAAGAAGAAGGAGCAAGAGGUGUUUAAGCCCUUCAUCACGGAGGAUGUGAUACACGAGGAGUCCAAAGAGAUUGACAACUAUGUCAACUACAAGAACAAACACAAGUCCCAGGACAUUGAUAAGUCCUCCGAUGACGAUGGCAGUGGUAACUCCACGGCCACUGAGACGAGCAGCAGCGGCUGCGGCAGCUCGGCCGCGCACAGCAACAGCAGCAGUCUGAACGAUAGCAGUCAACAGUCAUUGAUACCGUUGGAUGCUUUAAACGACGUGAUCAAGGAACUGGAAUCCAAUUUGGGCCGUGAUACGCUUAAGCCAGUACCGAGGUCGACGUCGACAGCGGGAAGCAACAGCAGCGGCUUAGAGCCGCCACCGGUGCCGCCCAAGAAGUCAUCGCAGCACAUGCAGCCACAGUUGAAGCCACAGAUUAAGCCAAAGCCACACAGUGUGACACAGCAAAAGUUCCAGCGCAUAUCCGAUCUGCGUGCCAUCGAUGGCCACGAUGAUGCAACACAACUGCAUAAGAUCAACACGGACACGAUCAUUAUAAAGCCAGCGCCCGCUGGCGGCACCAACAAUGACACAUCGGAGGAUGCGCCUGAGGAGACGAUAUUGCGCCGCUCAAAGGAGAAACGGGCGCAUAAAACCGAUUCAGAGAUCUAUGAAGAGCUGCGCGCCAUCUGUAAUCCCGAGGAUCCCCGCGAACGUUACAAAACCACCCAGGAGGUGGGCAAGGGUGCCUCGGGCAUUGUAUUUAUUGCCGGCGAUCUGCAGUCCGAGGCCCAAGUGGCGGUCAAAACGAUCGAGAUGAAGAAUCAAUCGUCCAAGGAUCUCAUACUCACAGAAAUUCGUGUGCUCAAGGACUUUAAUCACAAGAACUUGGUCAAUUUCCUUGACGCCUAUCUGCUAGAGCCCGAGGAUCAGCUCUGGGUGGUCAUGGAAUACAUGGAUGGUGGUCCACUCACUGAUGUUGUCACCGAGACGGUGAUGAAGGAGCGUCAAAUCGCCUGCGUCUGUCGGGAGGUGUUAUAUGCCAUCAGUUUUCUGCAUGCCAAGGGCAUCAUACAUCGCGACAUCAAGUCUGAUAAUGUAUUGCUGGGCAUGGAUGGUUCCGUCAAGGUAACGGACUUUGGUUUCUGCGCCAACAUCGAGGGAGAUGAGAAGCGUCAAACGAUGGUUGGGACGCCGUAUUGGAUGGCACCAGAGGUGGUGACGCGAAAGAAAUACGGCAAGAAGGUAGACAUUUGGUCCAUCGGCAUUAUGGCCAUAGAAAUGAUCGAAGGUCAGCCGCCAUAUCUGUAUGAGACGCCACUGCGUGCUCUCUACCUGAUUGCCGCCAAUGGCCGGCCCGACAUUAAGAGCUGGGACAAAUUGAGUCCAAGUCUGCAGGAUUUCCUCGAUCGUUGUCUGCAGGUCGAGGUGGAUCGGAGGGCCACAGCCGAUGAGCUGCUGAAGCAUCCGUUCCUCGAUGAUUGCAGCGAGGUGAAGGCACUGGUGCCCAACAUCAAGGCGGCCAAGAAGGUGUUGCGUCGCAACGUAUAGUUAAUGUGCAAUCAACAUCAUCGAGCGGCCAGGCUGCUCUAUGCGUGAUGUGAUCCAUGAAUGGAUGGACAACUCCUCUCCUCCUUCCCAAACUAAAACUUCAUCACUCCGCUAUUUCCUUGGAUAUUUUGGAGGAGAAUGUGUGUAAAUUAAAACUGGAACAAAAUGCUGACAAAAGUCUUUCACAAUUACAAUAAACAACAACAACAAAAGGAGCAAAAAAAACAAUUUUAACAACCAAAACGAUAAUUCUUGUACAUCGCGGGCCGAUAACACCGUUAAUUGCAACUGCAGCAGGGGACGGAGAAAUGUAAACAGAGCUUCUAACUGCAGCAACAACAAAAUUGCAAGGUGGAUUGCAGCGACGUCGCAGCGGGAGGAUCGUCAUAAACAAGAACAAAAGCUCGCAUAAAGUUUUGUUUUGGUAUAGAUUAAAAGGAAGCCGGCCUAAAGUUGUGCAGUUGUUUGACUGUGUUUUGCUUACUAUUUUUGUUUUUAUUUUGCCUGAGACAUACGAUAUACAUAUGCAUAUACACAUACAUACAUCUAUAGAUACUUAUAUAUUAAGUAUAUAUGACUGGCUGAGUGUGCCCACAGUGUAUACCCUCUAACGGUAUAUGCUAAGAAUACGAUUUAAAUUACAAUUAUGAUAACGAUACAAUAGAUUAAUUAUGUUUCAUUGUAUGCGUACACACACACGUAUUGUUAAGUGAACAGUAGAUGGAUAAAUGUUUACAUAGUAUAUACAUAUACAUAAAUGUGAUUUAAGCGAUUUUAUCAAAGCUGCAUUAUGCAAUUCUACAUAAAAUUCGUCGUAGUCUCUAAGUGCAACAACUAAAAACACAACAAACAAAUUAAACAUGCAAUACUUGUUGUAAAUUACCAAAAAAAAAGAUAAAAAAGAUAAGAUGAUAAAAUGGAAACUAUAUUAAAAUGUAACAAGUGGAAAUGAGUGUGUAACAAGUGCCAUUAGGACUUAGCUAGCAGCAGUGAGUGACACAACAAGAAAAACAAAAACAAAUAACAACAAACAACGAUAAACAAUUCCGUAGCAAUUCGUAUUACCAAUCUUAAUAAUUAGCAGCAUUCAUUACCUACUAAAGAAGUAUUACAGAUCAAAAAUAUACCCCAAAAGUUCUUUUUUAAAUGUUGACAAAAGAGUUCUAUAUUCCAUUUAAACUAGUACAAAACACAAAAAUACUAAGACUAACAUAACCGGAAAAACAGUUGUCGAAAUUCAAGUUUGCUAAGAAUUGCCCAAACAUAAGAAAAAAUUUACUGCCAUAAAAAGAAAUGCGCACAAAUUAUGAAUACAAAUACAAUAUCAAUUAGAGAAUUGAGUAACGACAAAAAAAGAACGGUAACGUGUGUGUCAAAAACUGAAUGAUAAUUCUAUGUAGAGUUUAUAUUGUAUACAAAACAAUAUUGUAGAAUUGAGGCACAUAACUAAGUAGUUCCCAUGGAAAAUUUUUGUGCAGAUGCCAAAUACAAAAACAAAGCGAAAUGAAUAAACAUAGCAGGAGCGGAAGCAGUGAAGUGAAAGGAAUUGUGAAAAGUUAAAGCAUAAAACCUUAGCCAAAAUCGAGUCUUCGUCGAGUUUACGUUUCGGCCUUUUCGAUUUAGUUGAAAUAUAUUAUGCUCUUUCCAAUCAAAGUCCGAUUUUUUCUCCAAUUGCAAAACUAGUCUCUUAAAUAAUCAGUGUUUUGGGAAGAGCAUUGAUAUCUUCGGUGCGCCGAUGCUUAGCUUUGUUUACUUGUUAAUAUACAAAUCAAAUGAUAUACAAUUAUUUUUUAUGUAGUGUAGCUUAUUAGUAGAGAGGUUUUUAACUCGUUUCCACAUAAAUCCGACCGUCACAGAUUUGAUAUUGCGAUAUUAGUAGCUAUCGACUGCUGCUGCAAAACGGUCAUAGUUAAAUUUUUAAAAUCCUAUUUUAAUGUAAUUGAAGGUAUGCAAAUAAAUAGUUAAUUCAAGCAAGGGAAACAGUGAAAAUCAAUUUCAUUUCGAUAACACUUCCAAAAUGUCUGCCAUUUCUAACGAUAACUUUUUCUAUCGUCCUUUUCGUAUUUUUAACCGAUUAAAACUCACGUUUCUCUUGCAACACAUUUGAACAGCGUACCAGAGAUCUUAUCAGAUUCAGAUUAAUAAAUAUGCAACACAUUCAGCAAAAUAUUAAGUACGUAAUGCGUUUUUGCAUAAUUUAGAGCUUAUAUUAAAGGAAAUUUGGUUAUUGGCUUAUGGACAGUGUAUUAAUUAUUAUUAGGAAAAGGCAAAACAACGAACGCAAAAGUAUUUUCGGAUAUAUUUGCAGUUAGGAAAAGUAUUCUGAGCCAGUUUUGCUGGCAUCAAAACGGAGACAUACCCGAACAUACAUAAUCGCAAGCGCAUUUAAAACAAAAUUAUUAACGAACUUGUAAGUUUAAACACACAACAAAAAGGCAAUGAUUACAAUUAA